CCGAAUCCCACAUUGUAGAUUUUACAGUAUUAAUUACUGGGAUCUUGAACUUGGGGGAGUACUAGUACUAGUCUUUAUUCUCUUCAUAAAGAUUGAAGCUUCAUAAAGAUUGGAGCUUUAUAAAGACCAGAGCUUUAAGCCAACUGGGUUUUCUUUUGCUUUUUCUGCUUUGGUUUCCUUGUUUGGUUUUAUUGGGUUUUGCUUUUCUUGAAUGAGUUCUUCUGGGUCUUGGUUGUGAAAGUUUGAGAGGAAAAAUGAGAGCAUUUGCCUCGUUACAGCUGCUGGGUUUGGUUUUUGGGGCUGUCUUUCUGGGUUGUGAUUCGUUUCCAUCAAAGGAAGUUUGGGCUCUUACAAAUUUUAAGGAAGCUAUAUAUGAAGACCCACAUAUGGUAUUGUCGGAUUGGAAUUCCUUGGAUUCGGAUCCUUGUGCCUGGUCCGGCAUUACAUGCUCUAUGACUCGAGAUUAUGUUAUAAAGAUUAACAUUUCCGGUUCAUCUAUAAGGGGGUUUCUCGUACCAGACUUGGGUGAACUCACCCUCUUGCAAGAACUAACUUUGCAUGGGAACAGGCUGCUUGGAAUAUUACCUAAGGAACUGGGUUUAUUAAAAUACCUGACCAUCUUGGAUUUGGGGUCAAAUGAACUCACUGGUCCAAUUCCACCGGAGCUCGGGAACUUGACCAACGUUGUGAAAAUAAAUCUCCAGUCAAAUGGGUUGUCUGGUAAGCUACCUCCUGAACUUGGCAAUUUGGGAUACCUACAGGAACUUUAUUUGGAUAGGAAUAAGCUUCAAGGAACUGUUCCUGCCGGUGGCAAUAAAGGACUCACAUCUAAUACUUCUAAACUACAUGGGAUGUAUGCCUCAAACGUGACGGGCCUUUGCCGCUCAUCUCAGUUAAGAGUAGCAGAUUUCUCAUACAACUUCUUUGUGGGUAGCAUACCUACAUGUUUGGAGUAUCUUCCCAGGUCAAGCUUUCAAGGAAAUUGCCUCCAGAAACAAGAGCCGAAACAGCGUGCUGCAGAUAUGUGUGUUGGUGCUCCACCUUCAAAAGGCCAUCCUGCAGUUAACCCAAAGCACAAACCUACUAAAAAUGUCCCUAAACAUUCAGAUACGUCAAAACCAGCCUGGCUAUUGGCUUUGGAAGUAGUGACAGGAACCAUGGUGUGCUCUCUUGUUCUAGUUGCUGUUGUCACUGGGCUUCAGAAAUGCAAUAGCAAAUCUUCUAUAAUAAUUCCUUGGAAGAAAUCAGGAAGUGUAAAGGACCACCAUACUACAGUCUACAUAGAUUCCGAGAUGUUGAAAGAUGUUGCUAGAUUCAACAGACAGGAGCUUGAAGUAGCUUGUGAAGACUUCAGCAAUAUUAUUGGCUCUUCACCUGAUAGUUUGGUUUACAAGGGCAACAUGAAAGGUGGGCCAGAGAUUGCUGUGAUAUCCCUUUGCAUUAAGGAAGAGCAUUGGACAGGCUAUCUUGAGCUCUAUUUUCAGAGAGAGGUGAUAGAUUUGUCAAGGUUGACUCACGAGAAUACAGGGAAGUUGCUAGGUUAUUGUAGUGAGAGCACCCCAUUUACAAGGAUGCUGGUUUUUGAAUAUGCUUCAAAUGGGACACUGUAUGAGCACCUCCAUUAUGGAGAAGGAUGCCAGUUAAGUUGGACUAGGCGCAUGAAAAUUGUAAUAGGUAUUGCUCGGGGGCUGAAGUAUCUCCACAUGGAACUUGAGCCACCAUUUACAAUAUCAGAGUUAAAUUCUAGUGCUGUAUAUCUUACAGAUGAUUUUUUGCCCAAGCUGGUUGAUUUUGAAAGUUGGAAGACAAUCAUUGCACGGGCAGAACAAAAUUCAGGCUCUAUUGGCAGCCAGGGUUCUAUCUGUGUUAUUCCAAAUUCUAUGGAAGCACGCCACCUGGAUAUUCAAGGCAAUGUUUAUGCUUUUGGGGUACUUCUACUGGAAAUAAUUAGUGGGAGGCCUCCAUACUGCAAGGACAAGGGGUGCUUGGUAGACUGGGCCAAAGAUUAUCUUGAGCUGCCAGACGUGAUGUCUCAUGUGGUGGAUCCUGAAUUGAAGCAUUUCAGUUGUGAUGACCUCAAGGUUCUAUGUGAUGUGGUAAAUCUCUGUAUCCAUCCAGAACCCUCCAAGCGACCAUCGAUGCAGGAAGUAUGCACCAUGUUGGAGAGCAAAAUUGACACAUCGGUGUCGCUUGAGCUUAAAGCAUCUUCUCUGGCAUGGGCUGAGCUUGCACUUUCAUCCUAAAAUGAGUUAAUUAACACACUGUAAAGAAGAAAUAUACAACUGCUAUAGUCUUUUUCUCCCUUGACUUUGUCCUUGUAAAUGGUAGUAAUUGGAGAGGGAACUUGAGGAAUCAUGCAUGACAAAAUCUCUUUGUAUACGAUUUGUUACAGUCAACUAAGUUGCUAAUCAAGUUUGUUCCAUG